GCUCCAGUGUCUGCAUCUAAAAUCCUGAACAAAACCAGUUAAUUUUGUGUUGUUUUUCUACAUUUUUUGGACAGAUUAGGUCUGAGCCCUUCUGUAUCCGGAAACAAGUGGUGAGCUGAAACUUCUGAGAAGAUGUACUUGGAGACUCCGACAGCAGUAUGCAACAAGAAAGAAAAUACAAAGGAAUCUUAGGCAACAAGUGUUCUAAAGCUAUCUUCAGUAACGCUGCAGUUGUGAACAGAGACUCAUAUUUACCACAUGAAACAAUGAGUGCACAAUCAACAGUUCUCCUAGUAGUGUGCUUUCUUCAAAUCUACACUGUAAAUGGACAGAUAACAUGUGAGAGGCAAAUGACUGUCGAAUGGCGAAUGGAACCAAAACCCAGCAUAAUAGAAUGGACACUAAGGGAAAACAUCUGCUCAGACUUUUACACAGAGUGCUGGAAUAUGGAUAAAAGUGUUACUGGGAACAUCUCAGAAGAGCAAAAUCUCCUUGUCCCACAAAUAUGUCCCUUACAGCUUCAGUUAGGUGACAGCCUCUUCAUCUCCUCUGAGCCAUCCUUUCAACUGCUUGGAAAGAAUUUGGCAAAUGUCUCCAGGGAAGAAUUUAUUACUUGCCCUAAAACUGAUAUUCUUCAAGAGCAGCUGAUUUUUGUUUGCCAGGUCAGAGGGCUGCACCAAGUUGACCCCAAAUGGCUCGGUGCUGGAACUCAUUACUUUGCAGAGCGGCUUCCCAAUGGCCCGCUGCUGUGCAACAAGGGCCUUCGUCUGAACGUAACUGUGAAGCAGCAGUUCUGCCAACAGUCUCCACAUGCACCGUUAUGCUCUGGACAUGGAAGAUGUCUAAGCCAUGUUUGGGAAAACGCAUAUAGUUGCCAUUGUUUCCCACAGUACUCUGGAAGAUUCUGCCAGAAGUUUGAUAUGUGCUCCACUAAACCUUGCCACAACCAUGCCUCCUGUAAGGCGAUAUCACAGCUUCCUGGAGAUUCUUAUGAAUGCACUUGUCCUCCGCAAUUUUCAGGUAAAAAUUGUACAGAAAUAGUUGGACAGUGCCAGCCACAUGCAUGUUUCAACGGUAACUGCAGCAAUGUUACUCCAAACACUUUUCUUUGUGAAUGUGACAAAGGCUUUACAGGUCCUUUUUGUGAGGAAGCUGAUGAUCCUUGCUCAUCUCAGCCAUGCCUGAAUGGAGGCAUAUGCCAAUAUAACCAAUCUGGAUAUGUUUGUGAUUGUCCAACUGGUUUUCUUGGUCAUAACUGUGAAGUUGAUAUCAACGAGUGUUCUUCAAAGCCAUGUCAGAACAGAGGUACAUGUAUUGAUUUGCUAAAUGAUGUAGCAUGUAUCUGUCUGCCAAUAUUCACUGGCAAGUUCUGUGAGAGAGCGCUGAAUCCGUGUGAAUUAUUGCCUUGUUUAAAUAAUGCAACUUGUGUAAAACAGCAGCAGAACUACAGCUGCCGCUGCAUGCCAGGAUUCACUGGAAAGAACUGUGAGGAAGUAAUAGACUACUGCAGGCUGCUCAGCAUCAACUGUCUGAAUGAAGGAUUGUGUCUUAAUAUAAUUGGGGGAUUCACUUGCCUCUGUUCGCCUGGAUGGACAGGAGAAUUUUGCCAAUUUGUUGAAAAUGCAUGUUUAAUUUACCCAAAUAAUUGUUCUAAUGGAGCAACUUGCAUCGAUAUGAGCCAGCUGAGAGAGCAACCUUUGUUUCAGUGCUUAUGUCCUCAUGGUUUCACAGGAGAAUUUUGCGAGGUGCAGGUCGGUAACUGUGGUUCCAACUCAUGUGAAAAUGGAGGAACAUGUGUUAACUAUGAAGGCCACUAUAACUGUACCUGCCCUGUAGGUUUUGAAGGUGAAAGAUGUGAAGUGGAUAUUGACGCCUGUCUACUCUACAAUAUAAGCUGUGCCCCAGGAGCACUAUGUAUGGAUAAAUCUCAUGGAUUUAAUUACACAUGUUUAUCACCAUGUAUUGGAAACACAGAGGCAUGUGCAAAUGGAGGUAGCUGCUUCCAUGAUGAAGAGAAUCAGAGAUCUCACUGUGUCUGUGCUCCUGGAUGGACUGGGCAAACAUGCCUGGAGAAUAUUAAUGACUGUGAGGUCAACCAGUGCCAACAUGGAGCCACAUGUGAAGAUGGAAUAAAUAAAUACAGAUGCCUAUGUCCCCUUGGUUACACUGGCACAUUUUGUGAACUUGCUAUGGACAACUGCAUUGGAAACAAGUGCUCUGAGUAUGGCGUCUGCCAGGACCACUUGCAUAAUUACAGCUGUCACUGUAUGCUUGGAUAUGAAGGACCCUUCUGUGAAGUCGAAAUUAAUGAAUGCUCAAGUUUGCCAUGCAAAAAUGGAGCCACCUGUGUGAAUUUAAUUGGCAAUUUCUCAUGCCAUUGUGCUGCAGGGUUCAAAGGAGAAAGAUGUUCUGUUCAUAUGAAUGAUUGUCUAGACAGACCCUGCUGGAAUGGAGGAACAUGUAAAGAGGACAUAAAUGGCUUCAAAUGCAAUUGCCCCUU